AGGUCCCCGGCUCUUUGGUGGUUCCCGCGCUCUGCUUCUCCCCACUGAGCAGCUGCCUGGUGAAGACGAAGCCAUGGCCCUCCGGGUCACCAGGAACACAAAAGUUAAUGUUGAAAAUAAGGCGAAGAUCAGUAUGGCAGGGGCAAAGCGCGUGCCUCUGGCCACGACUGCGGCCUCCAAACCCGGGCUGAGGCCGAGAACGGCUCUCGGAGACAUUGGUAACAAAGUCAGCGAACAACCACAGGCCAAACUGCCUCUGAAAAAGGAAGCAAAAACUUUGGUUCCUGGAAAAGUUAUUGCUAAAAAAAUACCUAAACCUCUGGAAAAGGCACCUGAGCCUGUGCCUGAGCCUGUGCCAGAACCAGAGCCAGAACCUGAGCCUGUUAAAGAAGAAAAACUUUCGCCUGAGCCUAUUUUGGUUGAUACUCCCUCUCCAAGCCCAAUGGAAACAUCUGGAUGUGCCCCUGCAGAAGAAUAUCUGUGUCAGGCAUUCUCUGAUGUAAUUCUUGCAGUGAAUGAUGUGGAUGCAGAAGAUGGAGCUGAUCCAAACCUUUGCAGUGAAUAUGUGAAAGAUAUUUAUGCUUAUCUGAGACAACUUGAGGAAGAGCAAGCAGUCAGACCAAAAUACCUCCUGGGUCGUGAAGUCACUGGAAACAUGAGAGCCAUCCUUAUUGACUGGCUAGUACAGGUUCAAAUGAAAUUCAGGUUACUGCAGGAGACCAUGUACAUGACUGUUUCCAUUAUUGAUCGGUUCAUGCAGAAUAAUUGUGUGCCCAAGAAGAUGCUGCAGCUGGUUGGUGUCACUGCCAUGUUUAUUGCAAGCAAAUAUGAAGAAAUGUACCCUCCAGAAAUUGGUGACUUUGCCUUUGUGACUGACAACACUUACACUAAACACCAAAUCAGACAGAUGGAAAUGAAGAUUCUAAGAUCUUUAAAUUUUGGUUUGGGCCGCCCUCUACCCCUGCAUUUCCUUCGGAGAGCAUCUAAGAUUGGAGAGGUUGAUGUUGAGCAACAUACUUUGGCCAAAUACCUGAUGGAACUAACUAUGUUGGACUACGAUAUGGUGCACUUUCCUCCUUCUCAGAUUGCAGCAGGAGCUUUUUGCUUAGCACUGAAAAUUCUUGAUAACGGUGAAUGGACACCAAUUCUACAGCAUUAUCUCUCAUACACUGAAGAAUCCCUUCUAAAUGUUAUGCAACACCUGGCUAAGAAUAUAGUCAUGGUGAAUCGUGGGCUUACAAAGCACAUGACUAUCAAGAACAAGUAUGCCACAUCUAAGCAUGCUAAGAUCAGCACUCUGGCACAGCUAAAUUCUGCACUAAUUCAAGAUUUAGCCAAGGCUGUGGCAAAGGUGUAACUUGUAAACAUGAGUUGGAGUACUAUAACUGCAAAUAAAAUUGGCACCAUGUGCCAUCUGUACAUAUUAUAUGUUACCUUUACUUUUAAUAAAGUUUGUGGUCCUUUUUACUUCUUAUACCUUAACUCAUUUGAAUGUCACUACUUUCCUACUUGAGGAUAACCUAAAAGUUGUGUUAAAGGUAUGAUGGGGAGUAUAAAAAGUGCUUUCAGUUUAUUGGGACCCAACUUACAUAAUUGUUACUUGUGUGAUUUUUGUUUUAUGUAUUUGGCUUUUGCUUUCUUAAUAUGGGUUACUGUGGUCUUCAUGAAGGCAUUUAAAGCCCUUCUGUAGGGCAAUACUGCAUGUAAGCCCAAUUGUCUUGAAGAAUAUGCAGCCUUGUUCUGCUUAAAAGCCUGCCAUCUCAUCCUUAGGACCCCGCCCCCUCUUUUCUGUUUCUUAUGGUGGUUGCUGCCAUAAUUCUAAGUUUUUACUUCUACCACUAUUUCUUAAAUUAUCAACUUAAGCUAAUAUCAUUUUUUCACUUGCAAAAAUAAGAACUUUAUAUUUUAAACCUAAUUUACCUUUUUAUUGUUUAUUGAUCAAAUAAAAGUGGAUCCU